CACAUCUAACACACAAAGUAAAACUUGCAAUCGUAUAAAUUCGAUUUUUCGUGAGCUCAUCUACCGUCUUUAAUUCCACAUUUACUGUAUUAAAAAGUUUUUUGCAUAUUGUCCAAUUCUUUCCAUGUAAUUUAGACAAAAUUCUUCAUAAAAUAUAAUAUUUAUCAUCAGAAUCAAAUUCUGGCUAUACGCAAGUCGUCUUUAUUGAUCUUUUACUUUUAACGAAGCGAAGUUCCGAAAAUUCUUUCGAUAAUUUGGCUAUCUGCAUUCGUAUGCUGAUUAUUUGACUAUUUUCUAAAAAAAAUAUUCAGUAUAUCUGCAUAUAGACCGUAUAAAUUGAACGAAGUUGCAGCACUACCGACAAUCGAAGUAAACCACACCCGAAACCGAAGCAUCACGGUUUCUAUUGUAUUUUAUUCACUUGCAAUAAACAACUUAAUCUCGUUCCGUUGUCUUAACGUUUUUUGCGAUCAAAAAUGAGCGUUUUAAACAAUAGCAAUGAUGAUGUGGUGGAAUGUCCCCUUUGUAUGGAACCCUUGGAAGUGGACGAUCUUAACUUCUAUCCAUGUACAUGUGGGUAUCAAAUCUGUCGCUUUUGUUGGCAUAGAAUUCGAACUGAUGAAAACGAAUUAUGUCCUGCAUGUCGCAAAGCCUAUCCCGAAAAUCCGGCUGAUUUUAAGCCUCUAUCUCAAGAGCAGAUUUCGGCAUUGAAAGCAGAGAAGCGACAACGGGAUCAACAACGAAAGCAGAAAAUCUCGGAAAAUCGUAAGCAUUUGGCGAAUGUAAGAGUGGUUCAAAAGAAUUUAGUGUUUGUUGUUGGCUUACCACCGAGACUGGCAGAUGCUGAAAUUCUUAAAAAACACGAAUACUUUGGGAAAUAUGGCAAAAUUCAUAAAGUUGUAAUCAAUCCUAGUACAACUUAUGCGGGUGUACAGGGUCCAUCUGCAUCAGCAUACGUUACAUACUGUUCGAAUAAUGAUGCUUUGCGAGCAAUUCAAAGUGUCAAUAAUAUCAUGAUCGAUGGAAGACUUAUUAAAACUAGCUUGGGGACAACGAAAUAUUGUAGUCACUUCAUGAAAAAUCAACAAUGUCCAAAACCGGACUGCAUGUAUCUACAUGAAUUGGGUGAUCUUGAAGCUAGUUUCACUAAGGAAGAAAUGCAUCAAGGCAAACAUCAGGAAUAUGAAAAACGAUUGCAUGAUGCACUCAUAGCUCAAACAGCAACAACAAAUAAUACAACAAAUGUCACCAACAACAAUAUUUCUCCAAGUGGAAAAUUAAGUGAAAGCAAUAAACAAACAACGGAAAAUUUGCCUCAAAAUGGGCCGGAAAAAACAAAAGAAGCAUGGCCAAGUCUAUCAAUUUCACCAACAAAUAAAGAUGCCGGAAAAUCUAGCAAAAGCAGCAAUAAUAAAGAGAAUGGCGGAAAGAAAAAUAAAGCUGAAAAAACAAAGAAUAAAAAAUCAUCAACUAAUUCAAUUAGCAGUAGUAGUUCGAAUAGCACAAAUACGAACAGUACAAGCAGCAUAACAAGCAUGAAUAGCAAGGAAAGUAACGGAACAUCAACAAAUGUAAAAGAUGCUGGCUUCAAUAUAACCAAAGACAGUUCGACUGGAGAAACACCAAAUCACACAAUGAGUGCUGAUGAAGAAUUGAAUUUAUUAUCUGAGAUUGAAAAUGAUGCAUCUUCAAAUGAUUUAGAUGGAAAAGCCGACACACCAUCACUCAGUUUAUCAACUAGUGGUGAUAGUGGAACCAUUAGUGAUAGUGUCAGUGGAAAGAGCUCACCGGCAAACUUUCCAGAACAUGCAACUGAGAAUAAUCAUUCAACGCAGCAAGAUGUUGACAAACAACAAAAUAAGACGAAUUUAGAGAAAAAUUCAUAUGAGAAUUUUGGAACUUCAGUUAGCAGCGCAGAAAUUAAUACUAAUUGUCACCCGUUAACAUCUAGUAUCAGCAGUAAUGUAAUUGAUACAACGACGCGUUUUUCCAAAUUGGGAUUAUUCGAUGACAAUAAUAGUUUCUUUUCGUCUAAUACGUUUCAACCAUCGCCUUUCUUUAAACUGGAAUCAUCGCAAACUACACAGCUUCGUAAUAUGGAAACUAGUAAUCAAACUAAUUCACCACAAUUGCCAGACCUACUCAGUGGCACUGAAUCAGAUAAAGAGCGUCAAGAUCUUCAUGAAAAAUUAAAUCUUCUAAAAGGUCUAAGUGAUUAUCCAAAUAAUUUACAAAAUGGUUUCGGAGGUUUGGAUGAACUUCAGAAACGUCGUAAUAUGAUGAAUGGAUUUAACCUAAACUCAGGUGGUCUUAAUAUAAACUCAGAUAGUACACUGGAUUUCUUUAGCGGCGGAGGAAAUGAACAGAAUCGUUUCAAUCAAAUAUCACAACAAUCACAGAAUUUGCAUAAUCAGCGAACACAACUACAAAAUAGUUUACAUCAAACAGAUCCCAUGAACCAUCAAGUAUACGCAAAUAGUCUAUCUAAGUUCUUUGAUUUCCAUAAAAAUCAACAACAACAACAACAGCAGCAGCAGCAGCAACAACAACAGCCUUUUGCACCACCACAACAACAAUUAUUCAUGUCUGAUCAAAUUAAUAUGUCCAAUUUGAUGGAUCAAUCACGUCUAAUCGAUGCUAGGCGACUCAACUCGCAAUAUUUGGAUCAACAAAAUUCGUCUAACAACUUGCAGCGUUUGGUAAAUACUCAAUUAGGACUAAAUACAUCUCAAGUUCAACAGCAGAGCUUGAAUAAUUUGAAUUUAUUUCAUACGAGUAACAAUCCGCAAAAUAGUCGCUUGCAAAGCUUUUUCCAACAGCAGCAGCAACAACAACAUCAACAACAACAACCACCAUCACAGAGUAAUUCAAUCGACGACGAAUUAGAUUUUGAUCCAUUCUUCGAGACACAAAAAGGUUUGGCGGAGCUAAUAGAAAAUGAACAGCAGCAAACGCAAUCAAAUCAACAAACAAAAAUGAUAGAUAAUUCGGCUCAGCGUUGUCGAUUACCUCCUCCUGGAUUCUCUCAUAUGAACGCAUUUGGAUUGGGCGUACCUCGUACAAGCAAAAUCUUACCCUUCAUGAGUAACAGUGGUAACAGUGGAAAUACAUCACAGACACAACAACAAUCACACAAUUGGCCACAUCAUACUGGUCAGCAGAACUUAAACUAUGGCGUACACGAUCAGAUGAGUAAUUUGUUGCCCAAAUCAAAUCAUCAGGCCAAUAAGGGCUUUGGCAACACAACAGAUUGGAGUUUAAUGGAUCCAGCUAUCGUAUCAUUCCGCCCGUAUCAGUCAUUCAUGUCUGGACCGCUGCAGCAAUCUCAAAAUGAAAUGUUUAUUUCACCACCCCACCUGGGGCAACAGAUUCAAAAGUCGAGCGACUUUUCCAAUCGAAACAAUUUAAUGCAAUCGAACUAUGGUAUUAUGGGCCAACAACAACCAACCAAUUCACAGCAAAUAAAUUUCAACCAUUCAAGCUGGCUUAGUGCAGAUCAAAGUCAAAACAAUUUAUUUAUGAAUCAUAAUAUAUCUAAUGGCUUUUCAAAUAAUUAUGAUAAAUUUACAAUCCCAUUACCACCUGGGUUCACACCACAGACCUUACCGAAACAAAAAACAGAAUGUAUCAAUUAAAAUGCAAAUGAAUUCACAUCUAUUAACUUAAAAAAAAUGAAUGAUACAAUAUAUAAAAUACAUUGCACACUGUUGUGUGACUAUUUCGAAAUACAUUUAACUGAGUUCAUACAAUCAGAGAUGGAAACGUCACACUGCAAUAUUUUCAGCUAAAUUAUUUUAACAAAAAAUCAACUGAAUACAAGAAAUUUACAACACUUAAAUCAGCUGCGAAAAUUUAUAUGAAUAUAUAUAAAUACAUAUAUAUGAAUACAUGCGAUAUCUAAUAAUAAAAAUAUGCAGACCUUUUUGUUUAUUGA